AUGUUUACCAAAAUUGUGAAAAGUUUGUCUAGUCAGGCAAUUGGAAAUUACAAAAAGUUUAGAAAUAUUAGAACCAAAAUUAUGAAACUUGGUAUGAAAAUUAAAUUUAAUAAAACUUGCCUCAUGGAACAUAUCAUACCAAAAUAUGCUAAAAUCAAUAUUCAAUCCAAAUCUAGUAAUGUAACAUAUGUACAACAAAAGAGUAGUAUUUUAUGGAUUAAAUCUGAAAUUAGAGAAGCUUUUAAGAUAAAAGAUUUUUUAAAUGUCGAAAUGUAUAGUCUGCAUUUAUUGCUAAGUAAUGAACUCUCACCUUUGAUUUUUUCUAUUUUACUAAGCAGCAUUGAUGAGAAAAUAGACUUUUUACGAAAAGCGAUUGCCCAAAGACAUCAGAGAAAAAUUGAUUUGCUCAUAGCUAAACAACAAAAUAAGCUUUCAGAAAAGGUCAACUAUGUACAUCAAUUUUAUCCAAGGACAAUGAAUCUUACAGAUAUUCAGUUCACAAAGUCCGAAAUGUCACUACUUGACAAAGGCUUAAAAUAUAACUUAACUCCCCCACUAAAUAAUACCAACGUUAAACACAUAAUUGCUGAUGUUAUAGCAACAAGCAAAAUAUCGAAAAUAAAUAAACCUGAAGCAUGUAAGAUAGCCCUAAAAACGAAGGACUUAAUUUUAAAAGAGAAAAAUAAACUACAUAGAAAAACUGAAGAUAAAACACUUAAAAAUAUCAAUAAUAAACUACUAGCAGAGAAAGCAAUUGUGGUAAAGGCCGAUAAAGGAAAUACCCUUGUAAUUAUUAAAGAAGACGAUUAUAUAUUUAAAACACUCUCAUUUUUUAAUGAAAAUGGGAUCGUUGAAGUAACUAAAGACCCCACUCCAAAGUUCCAAUUAAAGAUUAAGAAACUAGUCGAUGAAAAUAAUCACCUCUUGACCCCUGAGGAAAAAAAUAUGAUGAAAAAUAUGAAUCCCCAAAUACCUAAAUUAAGAUCACAAAUUAAACUGCAUAAAAAAGAGAAAUCUAUACGACCUAUUGUCAACUACAGAAGUAGUCCUUCAUAUAAACUAAAUAUGAAACUUAAUAAAAUUUUGAAAGCAUUCUAUACAUAUGACAGCAACUUCAUACAACAAUCACAAAGUACUCCACUAAUAAGUAAUCCAAAAUAUACGAAGAUGACAUAUAUGGGAAACAUAUCCGAUAGAAUCACUAACUUAUUCAAAAAUUCUGGAAUAACAAUAGCAUUUACAACUGACAAUACUUUACAACAAAAAUUAAGACAUACCGUCUGA